UAUUCUCGUCCGAUCAACCAAACAGGCUAUUAUUCUCAUCCGAUCAACCAAACAGUCGUCUCCUUGCAUAAUAGAUACGAUCCAAGCAUGAUACAUGCAAGACCCACAGUGACUCUCAUCUAGGGGCGCCGGCAGCAUUGGAGGGGAGGUAGGGGAAAGCGAUGGCGCGAUGCGGAGGCACGUGGGCCCCUGCGGCGGUGGCGGCGUUGCUGUGGUGUAUGGCGGCAGGCGCUGGGGCGGUGUGGCUGGAGAUCGCGCCGUCGGGGACGAAGUGCGUGUCGGAGGAGAUCCAGUCCAACGUCGUCGUCAUCGGCGACUACUCCGUCCUCUACGAGCACCACCACGCCCACCCCACCGUCACCGCCAAGGUUACAUCCCCUUUUGGAGACAUUUUACAUCAUAAACAAAAGGUUUCCACAGGCCAGUUUGCAUUCACAACUGCAGAAGCAGGAAACUACUUAGCUUGCUUCUCAGUUGAUGGUGAGAACAAGAUGUUAGUGGUGAAAUUAAAUCUUGACUGGAGAGUUGGUAUUGCAACAAAAGAUUGGGAUUCUGUUGCCAAAAAGGAAAAACUUGAGGGAGUUGAACUAGAAUUGGUCAAGCUUGAAACCGCUGUCCAAGCAAUCCAUGAAAACCUGCUCUUGCUGAGAUCCAAAGAAGCAGACAUGAGAGAUAUCAGUGAGAAGACGAAUACUAGGGUCACAUGGUUGAGCAUUGUAUCGCUCACUGUUUGCAUUAUAGUCUCAGCUUUGCAACUUUGGCAUCUACAACAGUAUUUCCGAAAGAAGAAGCUCAUCUGAAAUUAUAUCUGUAACGUAGUCC